UUCCCGGUAAGGACUUCCGGUAUGGAUUGGAAAAUGGCGGCCACCGUCUUGUCUGCAUUUGGGUGCUCUGUGUACCAGCCCGUCAUCGGUUCUGUGCACUGAGAUGAGGCCAGUGUGGAACUCCCCACAGUUGGAGCUCAGCAGCGAACACCGCAAUUCUCGUUCCCUUUAGUGAACGGACUAGUAGACGGACAAGCAGCUGGAAGCACGAGUUACGUAGUUUACGUUGCUGUUAUGGCGUAGCAGAGGCCCAGGUGAAAGGAAUUGGUCCCCCAUGAACGAUUAGCCACCAAAUCGGGACGAUAGUGAAUGGCAGUCAGGAUAUUCAACGAAUGACUUCGAGUGUUUUUACUCAAGACGAUCCAUCGGAAAAACACAGCGGGUCUGUUUCUUCAUAAAUGUGGGGAAGCGUCAGUUGAUGAAGAUAUAUUUUAUCAUGAAGCCCAGAUUGAAUGUUGCCUGCUUAUCCAGAAAGUCUAAGUUGUUACCUUGAACUUCUGAAAAGAAGAGGAGGAUGAAAUGAGAUAAAGUGGACGACUGGAGGAGCCCAGCCCCCUCAACUUCACCUCUUUGAAGCAUGGCAGGCCUACAGCUUGUCACCCCUGCCACUUCACCCAUGGGGCCUUUCUUUGGUUUGCCAUGGCAGCAGGAGGCUAUCCAUGAUAACAUCUAUACACCUAGGAAAUAUCAGGUAGAACUUCUUGAAGCAGCUCUUGAACACGAUACUAUUGUCUGCUUGAAUACUGGCUCAGGGAAGACCUUUAUUGCAGUACUUCUAACAAAAGAGCUCUCCCACCAAAUCCGUGGAUGUUACCAAGAAAAUGCAAAGAGGACUGUUUUCCUCGUAAACACAGCAUCAUCUGUAGUUCAGCAAGCAGCUGCAGUUAGGACUCACUCUGACCUCCAGGUGGGAGAGUACACAGAUUUGGAGAGGACCUUAGCGUGGACUGACCAACACUGGAGGCAAGAGAUAAUAGAGAAUCAGGUGCUGGUCAUGACUUGCCACAUAUUCCUUCAUGUUCUGAGGAAUAAAAUUUUACCGUUAUCUAAAAUUAACUUGGUAGUGUUUGAUGACUGUCACCUGGCCAUCACAGACCACCCCUACUGUGAGAUUAUGAAGCUAUUUGAGGAGUGCUCAUGCAGUCCUCGUGUCCUGGGUCUCACAGCUUCCAUUCUGAAUGGAAAGUGCGAUCCAUCGGAACUGGAGCAGAAGAUCCAGAAUCUAGAGAGAAUCCUAAAGAGCAAUGCUGAGACGGCCACUGACCUUGUGGUCCUGGACAGAUAUGCCUCUCAGCCCAGAGAAGUGGUGCUGGACUGUGGCCCCUAUGUGGAUAAGAGUGGGCUUUCCUCCUGUUUGCAGGCAGAGCUGGAUGACGCUCUCCACUUCCUGAAUGACUGUAACAUAUCUGCUGCCAGAGAGGAUCGUGAUCCCACAUUCAUCUCAAAGCAGGUCCUGAGUGACUGCCGGGCUGUGCUACAAGUGCUGGGGCCUUGGUGUGCAGAUAAGGCAGCAGGCAUAAUGGUGCGUGAGCUUCAGAAGUACAUCAAACAUGAGCCGGAGGAGCUCAACCGCAAGUUCCUGCUGUUCACAGACACCAUCCUGCGCAAAGUGCAUGCCCUCUGCGAGGAGCACUUCUCCCCUGCUUCCUUGGACCUUAAGUUUGUCACACCAAAGGUCCUCCGGCUACUUGAGAUCCUGCACGAAUACAAGCCAUUUGAGCGGCAGCAGUUUGAGAGUGUGGAGUGGUACAACAAUCGCAACCAAGACAACUAUGUGUCCUGGAGUGACUCAGAGGAUGAAGAUGAGGAUGAGGAGGUGGAGGCUAAAGAGAGGCCUGAAGCCAACUUUCCCUCACCGUUCACCAACAUCCUGUGUGGGAUCAUCUUUGUGGAGAGGCGUUAUACAGCUGUUGUCCUGAAUCGUCUUAUCAAAGAGGCAGGGAAGCAGGAUCCAGAGCUGGCUUACAUCAGCAGCAACUUCAUCACUGGUCACAGCAUCGGCAAAAACCAGCUGCGGAACAAGCAGAUGGAGGUGGAGUUCCGGAAACAAGAGGAGGUUCUCCGCAAAUUCCGGGCUCAUGAAACCAACCUGCUGAUUGCCACCAGCAUAGUUGAGGAAGGUGUUGAUAUCCCAAAGUGUAACCUGGUGGUCCGGUUUGACCUGCCCACAGAGUACAGGUCCUACGUCCAGUCCAAAGGCAGAGCUAGAGCUCCUGUCUCUAACUAUAUCAUGCUGGCUGACACUGAGAGGACCAAAGCUUUUGAGGAAGAUCUCACUACCUACAAGGCAAUCGAGAAGAUCUUAAGGAAUAAGUGUUCCAAGUCUGCAGAGGUGAGGGAGUUUGAAGUGGAACAGGUGCUGGAUGAUGACAACAUACUCCCACCAUAUGUUCUCCGAUCUGAAGAUGGGGGUCCCCGGGUCACCAUCAAUACAGCUAUUGGACACAUUAACAGGUAUUGUGCUCGGCUGCCUAGUGACCCAUUCACGCACCUAGCACCCAAAUGUAAAACUGUGGAGACAGGGCAAGGACGCUUCCAGUCCACACUGUACUUACCCAUAAACUCCCCUCUCCGAGUUCCUGUUAAGGGUCCUAUAAUGAACUGUGGCAGAUUGGCAGAGAAAGCAGUUGCACUAGUAUGCUGUGAGAAACUCCACAAAAUAGGUGAGCUGGAUGAUCACCUGAUGCCUGUCGGGAAGGAGACAGUAAAAUAUGAGGAGGAGCUGGACCUUCAUGAUGAGGAGGAAACCAGUGUCCCAGGCCGGCCUGGCUCUACCAAGAGGAGGCAGUGCUACCCUAAAGCCAUACCAGAGUGUCUGCGGGACAGUUAUGCUGCACUGGAGCAGACCUACUACCUAUAUGUGAUUGGGAUGGUCCUCACCACCCCUCUCCCUGAUGAACUGAAUUUUCGCAGAAGGAAGCUUUACCCGCCAGAGGACACCACCAGAUGCUUCGGCAUCCUGACUGCCAAACCCAUACCUCGAAUCCCACAUUUCCCGGUAUACACUCGCUCGGGUGAGGUGACCAUCUCCAUUGAACUGCAGAAGUCUGGCUUUAUACUCACUUAUGCCCAGCUCGACCUCAUCACUCGCCUCCACCAAUACAUCUUCUCCCACAUCCUCCGUCUGGAGAAACCUGCACUGGAGUUCAAGCCUACGCUGGCUGACUCGGCUUACUGCGUUCUACCUCUGAAUGUUGUUGGAGACUCCAACACACUAGACAUGGACUUCAAGUUCAUGGAGGACAUUGAGAAGUCUGAGGCCCGCACUGGCAUUCCUACCACUCAGUACACCAAGCAGAACCCGUUCACCUUCAAGUUGGAGGACUACCAGGAUGCUGUCAUCAUUCCAAGGUAUCGUAACUUCGACCAGCCUCAUCGCUUCUAUGUCGCUGAUGUGUACACAGACUUGACUCCACUGAGCAAGUUUCCUUCACCAGAGUAUGAGACAUUUGCAGAGUACUACAAAACCAAGUACAACCUGGACCUGUCCAACCUGAACCAGCCACUCCUGGAUGUAGACCACACCUCCUCCAGACUGAACCUGUUAACCCCUCGCCAUCUGAAUCAGAAGGGCAAAGCACUGCCACUCAGCAGUGCCGAGAAGAGGAAGGCCAAAUGGGAGAGUUUGCAGAACAAACAGAUCCUGGUUCCAGAGUUGUGUGCCAUCCACCCCAUUCCUGCCUCUCUGUGGAGGAAAGCAGUGUGUCUGCCCAGCAUCCUUUACCGUCUCCACUGCCUGCUGACUGCCGAGGAGCUCAGAGCCCAGACAGCCAGUGAAGCUGGAGUGGGAGCCCAGACCCUCCCACCCGACUUCAGAUAUCCAAACUUGGACUUUGGCUGGAAGAGAUCUAUUGACAGCAAAACGUUUAUCUCCUGUCCUGAGUCCUGUAGUGAGGAAGGUCAUGAACACUGUAAGCACCAAGAGACAGAAACAACUGAUCCUAGUUCCCGAACACCUCCGAGUAGUGACCACUCUUGCUUGCCUAAGCAGGGGCCAUUUGCAGCCCUUGAUCCUGGAGACGCCUCCUGCACCAGGAACUUAACUAAUGGCACUGCCCAAGUCACUGAUUGUGAUGAUGACCGCCAUCAUGACCUUCACCAACAUGACAAUUGCCAACGUUACCAGCCCAGUUCCCCUGGGCUGAAGAGCCCUGAAUCAAUGCAAACCACUACCUCAGUUCCUGUACAGCCCCCUCACAGCUUAAAGAAGCCCAGCUCUAGUUCUCCACAGCCUAGUGAUGAAUGUACACCAGAGAGGACUUCAGACCACACGAAUAAAGCUACCUCAGUCUGCAACCAAGCAGCCACGGGUCAUGGCACUCCUGCACCAUCUUCUCCUGACCUUGCUGCUGACGCCCAGCACAGAUCCCAAUCAGGAGACUCCCGCAAGAGCUUGGGCCCCAACCCGGGUCUCAUCCUGCAGGCACUGACCCUAUCAAAUGCCAGUGACGGAUUCAACCUGGAGCGGCUGGAGAUGCUUGGCGACUCCUUCCUGAAACAUGCCAUUACCACAUACCUGUUCUGUACCUACCCUGAUGCUCAUGAAGGACGUCUUAGCUACAUGCGCAGCAAGAAGGUAAGCAACUGUAACCUGUACCGUUUGGGGAAGAAGAAAGGGCUUCCCAGCAGGAUGGUGGUGUCCAUCUUCGACCCUCCCGUUAACUGGCUGCCUCCUGGAUAUGUGGUCAACCAGGACAAGAGCAGCAGUGACAAACUGGAUUCAGAUGUGAUAAAAGAGGACCUUCUGACCAACGGACGAUCUGGGAAUGACUAUGAUGAGGAUGAUGAGGGCGAGGAUGUGGAUGAAGAUGGUGAGCUGAUGUUGAAAGACGAGCCAAAGGAUGAAGUCAACAUGGAGGAUGACCUGGAGUACUACAAAGAGCACAUCAGAUUCAUUGACAACAUGUUGUUGGGAUCAGGUGCGUUUGGUAAAAAAAUCUCUCUUAGCAGCUUCCCUCCCUCGCUCACCCCAGCCUCGGGCUCCUCUCCUGCCAUGGAGUCUCCAUAUGAAUGGAAAGCCCCCAAGAAGCCCCUCCAUCCCACCACAGCACACUACCCCUCAGAGCAGGUGCCCAGUGGGCCUUCGGCUGAGGAGUUUGACUACAGUUCAUGGGACGCCAUGUGCUACCUGGACCCCAGCAAGGCCGGAGAGGAAGACGACUUUGUGGUGGGUUUUUGGAAUCCAUCAGAAGAGAACUGCGGCACUGAGCUCGGCAAGCAGUCCAUCUCCUACGACCUGCACACGGAGCAGUGCAUCGCAGACAAGAGCAUUGCAGACUGUGUGGAGGCUCUGCUGGGUUGUUACCUGACCAGCUGUGGAGAGAGAGCAGCCCAAAUGUUCUUGUGCUCACUGGGCCUCAAGGUGUUACCUUUGGAGAGAGAGACCCUGACGGGGGCCGUGGUGCAGAUCUGUCAGACCACAGCCAUCGACCUGUGCUACGGCUGGCUGAAGAUCCCACCCCGCUGCAUGCUGGACCAUCCAGAUGCAGAGCGAACUCUCAACCACCUCAUCUCCGGCUUUGAGAACUUUGAAAAAAAGAUCAACUAUACCUUUCAGAACAAGGCUUACCUCCUUCAAGCCUUCACCCACGCCUCUUACCAUUAUAACACCAUUACAGAUUGUUACCAGCGGCUGGAGUUUCUUGGUGAUGCAAUUUUAGACUACCUCAUAACAAAGCACCUUUAUGAAGACCCACGGCAGCACUCUCCUGGGGUGCUGACAGACCUGCGCUCAGCCCUAGUCAACAACACCAUCUUUGCCUCUCUGGCGGUUAAGUAUGACUACCACAAGUACUUCAAGGCCAUCUCGCCCGAGCUUUUCCACGUUAUCGACGACUUUGUGCAGUUUCAGCUGGAGAAGAAUGAGAUGCAAGGCAUGGACUCAGAGCUGCGACGCUCUGAAGAAGAUGAGGAGAAGGAGGAGGACAUUGAAGUCCCUAAAGCCAUGGGGGAUAUCUUUGAGUCACUAGCCGGAGCAAUUUACAUGGACAGCAGGAUGUCUUUGGAGACUGUGUGGCAAGUCUAUUAUCCAAUGAUGAGGCCACUUAUAGAAAAAUUCUCUGCCAAUGUGCCACGCUCUCCUGUGAGGGAGCUGCUCGAGAUGGAACCAGAAACUGCCAAGUUCAGCCCUGCAGAGAGAACAUAUGAUGGGAAGGUCCGGGUGACGGUGGAGGUCGUCGGUAAGGGCAAAUUUAAAGGAGUUGGUCGCAGCUACCGGAUCGCCAAGUCAGCGGCAGCGCGAAGAGCUCUGCGCAGCCUCAAAGCCAAUCAACCUCAGGUCCAAAACAACUGAGCUCUCAGCAUUAGCACCUAAGCUAUUGACGCUAAUGGAAACAAAAGCAACGUCAGCUUCACAAAACAGCGUGUUGCUAGCCCUGUAUUUUCAGCCUGUGAUAGCACAACCAAGGCAGCCAGGGAACACUGUGGAGACACAAGAAAAGAAGCAGACUGAUCUCACAACAGAUUUCACGUUGGAUCCUUUACCUUCUUUCUUUCUUUUUUUUGCGCAAACACAAUCUUUACUUUCCUUCUCUGCUUUGUGUAAUCACAUGAGUGCUUUAUUAACGUUUAGCAAAGUGUUUUAAAAAAACGUCAGGUCGCAGUGUCAAUUCCUCACAGUUUUUUUUGUUUGUUUAGUUUUUAACCUCUGUCAGUGAGAGAUGAGGCUUAAGCUUAUUGUGUAGUGUUAGAUUGUACAUAGUUCAAUCAGAGGUGUAAAUCAAAGUAUGUAGGAAGAAAAAAAAAAAAGCAAAACUUCUCAGCCUGUGCACUAGUGCCAGUCAGUUUUAAAGCGGUUUUUAAAACGCUAAAGGCAGACAUGGCUAACAGAUACCACUGGAGCAAAACCCUGGUGGCACUUCUGUCUGAAAUCUGUCUUGAAAUGGUAUUCUUGAUCAUUUUUGCACUUAUUCCAUUAGGGUCUGUUAUUUUGAAAAUUGUGUGGUCACAUUGACACCAAAAUCAUAUACGUAGCAAAGUAUAUAAAUAUAUAUAUAAAUAUAAAAUACAUAAAUAAUAUUGGUCUUAGAUGCUAAGGCUAACCCUCAUAUCCUGCAAAACAGAUAGGAAUUUCAACAUUCCCAGUUACUGUAAUUUAAACUAGUUUUUAAUCGCACUUGCGAUUGCAUGUUCUUGUAGCUUAUGUAUAAACCAUGACAACUGGAUGGCUUCUGUAAAUGUUCUGAAUCAUCUAUGAAUAUAUCUAGAGUGUGUGAGAACAAGAUCAGAUGUUUAUGGCAUUAUAUUGGUGAUUUGGUUUACCAUGUUUUGAUACUAAGAAUGGAUAGAGUAAAAUUAGUCAUUCUUGCGCACUAAAUGUCUUUCCACACGGCGAAUCAUCCAGUUUUGAUAUAAGAAAAGAAAGACAUAUCACACGUUCAAUAUGCUGCAGACUUUUCUACAAAUUGGAUACUCGUGUAAGACAGAACCUUUUCAAAUAGUCUUUGUGAAAAAGGCCAUUUCAUUUCAACACACUAGUGUUCCUCACAUCCCGUACCUACCAAAGCUAAAGCAGAUGUGACACUAUGAGGUUGAAGACAAUUCCUAGGAAUAAGGAUACCAGCCUUUUUUGUGGUUUUUGUUCUGACAAAUUUUGCUUCUUGCUAAAUGUCUUUUUUUUCUCAUCAGUAAGCCCUUUUUUCACUUGAAUACCUCAGUUAAUUGCAUGCAUUUUCUUGUCUUUAUUUUUUUCUUUUUUGUUUGGUGCUAUGUUUUUGUAUUAAGCUUGAAUUUCUCAUCUUUUUUGCACUGUAACUAUAAUACCUCUUUAUUUGACCUUUUUUUUAAAAAAAAAAGAAAAACAAAUCUGUUUGGUUGUCCUGUUCGUCAGCCAUCAAGCUGUAGAGGAGAGCUGCGUCGUCGACUCUUCCCCCUCCCAUACUUGAGGUUGAGACUUAAUGAUUUUAGGGGGCAGGGAUAAGAAGUGUUUACUCUGCACAUAAGCCUAGCUGUUUUUUUUCCCUUUUCAUUCAUUAGCUGUAAAAUUCAUCAGUUUCGAAUCCUGGGUAACAAGAGAGGAUUGAUUGAUUGAUUUAAUGAGCAUCAUUGCUUGCAGAGGUAAGCAGAUUGCACUCUUAAACAUUAAAUAUACACCAAAAAUAGGCAGAGGAAACUACUUGACUUAUCUCUUCAAAUCUAUCCUCAUAAAUAAAGGUUGGAAGAGACAUUUACCUGUGUGCUUUCUAAACUGUGUUAGUAUAGCUAUCUGAAAUCUAAUCCACAGUCAUAUAAUCCCACACACAGGUGCUUCUACCUCAAAUGACAGUGCUCUCCGUGGUCAUUUCUGGACAAGGCUGCAAUUCAGUUUAGGGACACAUACUGUAGUCUUUUUACUGUGACAGCAGUGUCAUCUGCGUCACACAUACAGUAUAUGAUGAACAGAUCUGUUUCAGCAAGUUGACACUCCCUCACAGUCAUUUGUGUCUCAUGUCUACAGUCAGACACGAGACACAAAUCUCAGUGCCUUCUCUGUGGGAGGAGAUGAGCCGAAGCAUAGACUGGAUUGGAAUUGUACUGGAAUGAAGCAUGAAUUAUGAUUCAUUGUCAUUGUUCCAUUUGUUACCGGGACUGGUGUUAAUCUCGUCUCCCAGAUCUCUCUUUGGGUUCUGUACAUUUCCUAUUUUGGGUCCCACAGCUAACCAAGUGAAUACUCAAGUAUGAAUUUUGGAAAUUCAUCAGCUUUCAUGUCAAAUCAGUUACGCAUCCAAACGUCAGUACAUCUUUCUACAAUCAGUCACUGUCAGACGGAGUGCAAUCUGUUGUUAUUUCUCAAGCAGGUGUGUGACCCUCUAGUCUACCUAUUAAACUGGACUGUGCUUUCAGAUUCCCCCGUUAUUAGAGAGACUCUGUUAGACUUCAGAAUUGGAGCGCAUGUCCCACCCGCCGUCACACCCUUUGCCACAUCUCAGUCUGUGGUCGCACACAGCCAUUUAGAUUUCUCCAGCUAAACACACUAAUUGUUCACAAGACUUUGGGAGGGAUUAUUUAAAAAACAAAAACAAAAAAGAAUGUGAAAUCUCUCAUAUGGUGCCAUGCCCACUGUAUUUUUUUUCCUGUGACUGAUGGGAAAUAAGGAUCACAAAUAAUCUUGUCAGCCACAAGUGGCAUCAUCUUUUGUUUUUGAUCCUUGUUUUGUUUGUUCUUGAGAAAUUGAGGAGGAAAGUGUCCGUGGAAGUGCUGAAGGUGAGCAGAGCAGACUGUUUUCUCCUACUGGCUUUUUUUUUAAAUUAUUUUAUUUUUUGUACAUGUAGCACAACUGAGCAUUGCACUUGGGCGCCAUACUUUACCUCAUGUCAGAGUGCGAAAGGGAGCGAACGAUAGACGAUUGAAAGAACUGUAUAUAUGAUGCCGUAAUGUUAAGUACUCACUUGUGGUUCAGGCUUUGCUGCUGUUUCAGUUGCUGGUAUUACACAAAUCUGUUUAAAAAGACAAUAAGGGGCUUUGGGAGGAAAGUCAAAAUAUGCCUGCAAAGUAUCAUGUGACAAAUACACUGUAAAAAAUCUCUAAUUUGGGGGAAAAAUGUCUGGAUGUCAUGUUGUGACAUCCUGCCUUAAAUGGGUUUUAUGAAUGAAUGAAGUCAAACUACUACGAAUGAAGAACUGACACUUGUUUUAAUUCUCCUCUGCUUUGACGGUCAUUGAAGUGAUCCCCUCCCACAGCCUUUUAUUGGAACCUUAAAGGAAAAAUCCACUCAAACCAGCCCCUGUACUGUUUAAUUACUCAUAGACCAUGAUGAAGUGUUCUCCCUUGUUUUCGCAACGUUUGCACUCGUCUUUAACCUGCCUAGUCUGCAAGUGAUAAUGAUGUUGAGAAUGGCUGUCACUUUCUGGGAAAAAAAAAAAGAAAUAUUCCAUCUGUAAAGAGGUAGAACAAUCUGUGCCUUGUUCUCCAGUAAGGCGUAUUUGUCAAAUAGAUGGUCUGCCUGGCCCAGUUUUACUGUCAGUAAAUUAUACUACUCUUCUUUUCAACACAAAACGGGCUAAACAUAUGAGCUGUGAUAAACCAGUGACCUGUGAUAUUCAUAAAGAAUAGAGCCAGCCCUGAUGUGCAUUUUUUUUUAAUCGUAAAAUGAAUCCUGCAAAACAAGCUGUGAAAAGAGCCAAGAUCUGUAGUUCAGUCCCCAGCUACCCCAAAAUCUACAGAAAGGGUAAUGUCUAACAUUUAAAUUUGUGCGGUUUUAUUAAAUAUAGAGUUGGUAAGGAACUCUCUAAAAGAUUUUCUAUGAAGGAACUUUUUCCUCUGUGUUUCAGGGAGACAAAAGGCAAAAACCAAAAUCAGACAUUUGGAUGUAAUAACAAAUUUAUGGCAUUAAUAUACAAAAAAAGUAAUAGUUUGACACACAAAACCUGUUCUCACUCAUUAAGGAGAGCACACAGCAGAGCACCUUUAGCAUCAGUUAGUCUCUAGUUAUAUGUGGAUGAUGCUGUAUCAUCUUUCAUCAUGUAAACAUUGCAGUUUUCCUGCUGUAGUUAAAAUUACAGCCUUGUGAAGUUACAUGGAAACCUAACAUGUAUUUCUGGUUAUGUAACAUGACAGUCAAGACUUUAGGCUUUUGACACUUGUGGCUUUUUAGCCCUGAUUCCAUCAUAUGCAUCACAGCUCUGCAUCUCCUGGAACUCGGUCACAGCAAACUCACCGCACAAAUGUGGUGAAUGUAUUCAGGUCUUAUACAGUAGAAGUAAGUAAAAGCAACAAUACAGUAGUCUGUGCUGUGAAAAGUUAAAACUUUGAAGUCAAAACCCCACUCGUGUUAAAGUGUGGAUGCAUUAUCAGCCAGAUGCCAACAAGGAAAAACUGGAAUUGGUGUAAAAAAAAAAUACAAGCCACCAAACAAGAAAAUGAACCCCCAGCUUGUUUUACAACUGGUUUAAAGUGGGUUUUUCCUUUAAGGACUGACAAAGGUGGAAGAGAACGGACAUUUAUUUGAAAUGCAGUGAAAGUGGGGGAGGAAGAGAACCCUUGUCAGCAAAGUAUUGGUCUCACAAAGCCAGCAUGGAGUGUCGACGGUGACUUCACCGAGCAGCAGAACACCAGCAGAAUGGAGCCGCGCGGAAUGAGUGAAGAACUGUUAUCAGUAUGGGAAUUAUGGGCCAUCACAACCUGCAGCAAAUAUUUAAGGGACAUUGGUAUAGAAAUUGAACUUCUCACUCAUACUGUAAUACUGUGCUGCAGUGGUUUGCGGUCUGCACCUUAUGGAUCACAAAUACCUUUAAUUUUUCUCUCUGAAUUAUUUUCCUUUUCUUUAUUUUUUAUAAUUGUAGCCCAGUAUAUAUACAAUAAAAGUAAUGGUAUGGUCAUUCA